AUGGCAUUGUGGGAAUCUCUAGUUGAUAUAACUCAAUCAAUAAAUGAACUAUGGAUGGUUAGGGGAGAUUUCAAUUUAGUAACUAGCAAUGAAGAAAAUCUUGGAGGUUUACCUGUUACAGUAGCAGAUACAGUUUAUUUUAAUCACUGUAUAAGUGUUUGUAAUUUAGAAGAUCCAGGUUUUAAAGGGAGUAAGUUUACAUGGUGGAAUGGGAGAGUGGAUGAAGCUUGCAUAUUUGAGAGACUGGAUAAAGCAUUAUGGAAUAAAAAUCUACAAAAUUUAUUCCAGGAAAAGAUCAUUAAAUCUUUUAGAUUUUUGAACUUUUGGCUGGAAGAUGAGACUUGCUUGGAGGUAAUUAGGAAGAAUUGGAUAACAGAAGUGCAGGGUAACCUAUUUAUCAUGUUUCAUCAUAAGCCGAAGAAGACUAAGAAAGCAUUGACUCAGUGGAGUAAAGAGAGAUUUGGUAAUAUUUUUCAAGAAAUUGCAACUCUUGAGGAUUUUAUUAAAGUCUUGGAGGUCCAAUUUGAACGGAAUCCAUCUAGAGAGAAUAGAACUAAAUUGUUCAAAGCCCAGGCAGAGCUGAAUAUGCAACUCAGAAGAGAAGAGGAUUUCUGGAAACAAAAAUCAGGAUUUGAGUGGUUAAGGAUGGGGAGAGGAACACUAAAUUUUUCCAUACUAUUAUUCUUUGAGAAGCAGUUUACUAAAGGGCAGCAAUGUGAAGACUUCUCUAUACUAGAGGAAAUACUGGAGUUAAUUGAUUCUAAUCAGAAUGAGGAGUUGAUUUCAUAUCCAACAAUGUAG